AUGGAAAGGCGCAGUCCAUCUCAACUACGGGAACCCGAACCACUCACGCUCGACCCGAUAUCCGAAUGGCGCGCCUGGCAAGCCCUCUCCGUCUACUUCACAGUACUACUGAACCGUCAAAUCCGACGUCGCUGGCUCCUAGAGCACAAAUCAAUGGAAGACAAGCCCAUGGCCGAGCAUUUCCGCCCUAUAAUCUUCCUCGAGCCAGUUCCCGCACUACACAAACCACUCAUCCCGACCAACACCGACACCGACGCAGGCACAGACCCAGCACUUGAACUUGCCACCACCAAUUCAAAAUACAACCCCUACAACAAAACCGCCCUCCAAACACUAAAGCAAAAAGUCCACCUCCUCCGCGCGCGCGUCGAAAAGGGCAAAGAACUCGCCUCGGAAAUCGAACGACGCAUGCAAAAUCCACGUAUCAUUUUCCCGACUCAUUUCUGUCACACUUGCGUUAUGGGCGGCGACUGUGUGGACGUUUUGUUGACGAAGUGCGGGCAUCGGGUUUGCAGGACUUGUCUAUCGUUUGGUAUUGAUGAUAAUGAUAUUUAUGAGUGUAGUAUUUGUUUUGCGCCGGCGAGUUUCGUGGCUAAGACGCCGGUUGAUGGUGGGCGGCGGCGGUCUUUGGUGGGGGGGUCUUUCUGGUGA